AAAGUGGGCGGCUACAAAACUGUUUCCGGAAACAUGGAGGCCGUCGUCAGCGACACGGUAGCCCCGGAGGAUCUCUUGAAAUUUGAGAAGAAAUACAAAGCGGAGCUGGCGAAAGGAGCCGCUUCCAAAGAGACCAAGUUUGAAUACGCAUGGUGUCUGAUAAGGAGCAAGUACUCGGAUGACAUCAAGAAGGGAAUCGUCCUGUUGGAAGAGCUUGUUCAGAAAGGAACGAAGGACGACUCUCGAGAUUUCUUAUUCUAUCUAUCAGUGGCCAACUACAGACUCAAGGAGUAUGAGAAGGCUCUGAAGUACAUCCGGACUCUGCUGAGGAACGAACCAGGGAACAAGCAAGCUUUGGAGUUGGAGACGCUCAUAGACAAGGCUCUGAAGAAGGAUGGCUUGGUGGGCAUGGCGAUCGUCGGGGGAAUCGGUCUUGGCGUGGCAGGAUUAGCGGGCCUCAUUGGAUUGGCUGUCGCAAAGGGAGGAGCGAAAUCUUAACUAGGGGACCGAAGCGCCCUCGCCACCCCAACCUUCAAUUUACACUAAGGACUGACACACGAAUCGCUCUCCUUCCUAACAAGAAUAAAGACUCUAGAAAGGUUUGAUGUCUUUGAGGCAAGAGCCCCAAGAAACGUCCUUUUUCAGCUACAACCAUAUUGUCAAUGGAAUGAUUAAAAUUGUGGUUUGGGUUUGAAUAUAUCGACGGGUUCAACGCUUUAAAGUGUUUAAUAAAUGCCAUUGAACUACCUGUUUACAUAUUAACAGGAGUUGUGAUUUUUUUUCUUCCUUCCAUACACCACACUUACUAUUUGUUUUUUGUUCAUAUAAUGUCGCACUGCGACUUUGACAGUAAACUAUGUAAAUAUAAAAGAAUAAGAGAGGCGAGUUUGUAAUUUGCUACUCCUUGGUGUGUAAUUCCCAGUGGAGGAAUGGAAGGUGAUGGCUUGCACCGCAGCAUGAUCUUCCCGUGUUGCUGUCUAAGCAUGUGGAUUUUGUAAAAUACGAAAUGAUGAAGGUUUAAAUGUGUUUCCGUUACUGCUGCCUGUUUCGUUAUUUCGACAUGAAGGUUGUUGAACGUGACAUGGGCGUCGAAGGGAAGUAUAGUGUGUUGUGGUUUACGAUGCCAAACACAAUAAUGUAAUUGGUUGAAGCUAAUAUAUUAAUUCACGUUAAAGAAGCUGCGUUUCAGCUGUGUUGCUGAUAGGGUACAUUCUAGAGCUUUCUAAGUGCAGGAAGUUUGUGUUAUGAUUUAAGGGUUAUAAUGACCCUGUCAUUACAUUUUUGCGCGCCAGAUUUGUUUGAUGUAUUUGGUUUUGGAAGACUAUGCAUAUUUUUUAUAAAUUAAUUUCGAUGUCACUAAACUAAACUUUUGUUUUAUUGUAAUGUUUGACCCCUGUCUGCGCUGGCUGUGUUUUCAAAUUAAUAAAAUGAUUUUGCGCUAACUGAA